UACUUCAUACUAUAAAACAAGCUAGAAAUUACUUAAGAAUAAGUCAUUUAUCAUAUAUUAUAUUAGACAAAAGCCGGUUUCUAAUAAUUUUUAAUAUCUUCGUUAAGUAAUGCCACGUUUAAAAAGAUCGUUUUAUUUUAAUGCAUUUACAUAUACUGUGAUUAAUAAAAUUUCAAUUAAUAAAGAGAUAUAAACAUUCGCGAAUUGAUUAUCAAGAUGCAUCUUUUUGAUACAUGGUUAUGUUUUGGUUUUUUAUCUUUGGUAAAUGGGCUACGUGAAUACGAGAAAAAAGAUUUGAUUACUCUAAGGGAAGAAGUACGAUCUAUGUUUGAUCAUGCUUAUUCGAGCUAUUUAACAUACGCUUAUCCCUAUGACGAACUACGAUCGUUGAGUUGUGAUGGAUUUGAUACAUGGGGCAGUUUUUCAUUAACACUUAUCGAUGCUUUGGAUACCCUCGCUGUAAUGGGUAAUUUUUCUGAAUUUCGACGUGUAGCAGAAAUUAUAAGUGCUAGAGCAGAUUUUGAGGCUAAUAUCAAUGUAUCCGUAUUUGAAACUAAUAUAAGAGUAGUGGGGGGAUUACUUAGUGCUCAUCUUUUAUCACGUAAAGCAGGCAUUAAUUUAGAGCCAGGAUGGCCUUGUAAUGGUCCAUUAUUACGCCUUGCAGAAGAUAUGGCAAAACGUUUAAUUGCAGCCUUUGACACUCCAACAGGAAUGCCGUACGGCACUGUUAAUUUGAAAUAUGGAGUACCUGAAGGUGAAACAAGUAUCACAUGCACUGCUGGGAUCGGAACAUUUCUAUUAGAAUUUGGAACUUUAUCUAGAUUAACUGGAGAUCCAUUGUAUGAAGAAGUAGCUAUGAAUGCUAUUAAAGCAUUACACUAUUAUAAAUCAAAUAUUGGAUUAGUGGGUAAUCAUAUAGACGUACUAACAGGUCAUUGGACAGCUCAGGAUUCUGGAAUUGGUGCAGGUGUUGACUCUUAUUUUGAAUAUUUAGCAAAAGGCACUUUAUUAUUUCAAGAUCCACUACUAGCAACAAUUUUUCAUGAGCACAAAGCUGCUAUUGAAAAAUAUAUUCGACGAGAGGAUUGGCAUUUAUGGGUUUCUAUGACAAAAGGUCAAGUAACUUUGCCAGUGUUUCAGUCUUUGGAUGCUUAUUGGCCCGGAGUAUUGAGUUUAUUUGGUGAAAUUGGAGAUGCAAUGAAAUCAUUGCACAAUUAUCAUCGAGUUUGGAAACAAUUUGGAUUCACACCAGAAUUUUAUAACAUACCACAAGCAGAAGCAGGUACUAACAGGGAAGGUUACCCGUUAAGACCAGAACUCAUAGAAUCAGUUAUGUACUUAUAUAGAGCUACAGGAGAUCCUUACCUCAUACAGGUAGGAAUAGAUAUAUUAAGAAGUUUGCAGCAUAGUGCUAAAACUACGUGUGGCUAUGCAACUAUCAAUGAUGUUAGGGACCACCGAAAAGCUGAUAGAAUGGAGUCUUUUUUCUUGGCAGAAACAACUAAAUAUCUUUAUCUCCUUUUUGAUCCUGAUAAUUUUAUUCAUAAUUCUGGUCAGAAAGGAGAAAUUAUAGAAACACAAUGGGGUCAAUGUAUUGUAGAUGCAGGAGGAUAUAUUUUUAAUACAGAAGCACAUCCCAUAGAUCCUGGAGCAUUGUACUGUUGUCAUAGAAGUCAGAAUUUAUUUUCAGACCAAAAAGCGACAUUACGGAAAUUCAUUCCUGUAAAUGAUGUGAAAGAAAAGGAAAAUAUACAGCAUGCUUUGUAUCCAAAAGAUAUAAAAGAUACAAACGAUGAUAAACCAAUUGAAAUUGUAAAAUUAUCUGAAAUGAGGCACACUUCUGUAAAUAAUGUAGAGAAUGAUAAUAACAAAAAUUUAAUUAAUCCUUUGCCACUUAUAAAUGGCAAAGUAGAUGAAGUGAUAGCAAUAGAAGAAGAAAGUAAAAUAAACACAAACAAUCCUGAAGCUUUGUCCGAAAGUCUUUGUCAGGAAGAACCUGAAUCUUUGAAAGUACAAGUUGCUGCACCUCCUUCAGGAAUUUAUAAAGCUGAUGACAGUGAAAAUAUUGAUACUUAUGAAACCUAUACUACUUCUGAUGGGCAUUAUCCUACUUCUGCUACAAAAAAUAACACAGAAUCUUUUAUCAAACAAAACAAUAUAAAAUCGAGAUUUGAACCACAAAUAUUGCUUGAGAACAUUCGAAAAAAGAAUUUAUAUCCAACAAAUAAUUCUGCAAAAAUAAAUUAUCAGCUUUUAUCUUGCCAAUCUCAAUCAUUCCUACAACGUAUAUCAAUUAUAGGAGAAUUUUUUUAAUUUUAUAUAUCAAUUGUAUAUACAAGUGUAUAUGUGUAUAUUUUCUGUUAAUCUUUUGUCUUAAAUAUAAAUAUAUUUAAAUUAUUUUCAACAACCAUUAAGUUGUGACAUAUCAUUUACAAAUACAUGUUUAAGCGAAAUAUAAGUUGUAAAUUAAACUAACAAUUAACAAUAUCAAAUUUUUAGUUAUUAUAGAUCGUAAGAAGCAGUUUGAAAAAGGAAAGAAUUUUCGAUUCUUAUAUUUUCGUAUUUUCGAUCAAUGGCAUAAGUUAAUUAAGUUUGGAAUAAAAAUUUUAUUGUAUAUCGUAACAGUGACCUCGAACUUUCAUGCAUUCUAAUGAGUAAAGCUAACCUACACAAAACAAAUCCUUACAUAUCUAUUCAGUAGAUAACAAUAUUAUAUAUGCUCGUUAGUAUACUAUAUUUAUAAGACAUAAUAGCUUGGUAUAUGUUUAAAUAAAAGAGAGAAGCAAAGUAAACAAAUUGUAAUAAUUGAAACAUAUUUUACAAAGUAACACAAUUGUAAUAAUUAUUUAUCUAUGAUCAAAGAGGAAAUUUCCUCUCUGCUAUAAUUUAUAGUAUACAAACAACUUAUCAACUAUACAAAUAUAAAAUUAAUUUCAUGUGUGCAGGCUCUGUAUAAAUAUAAAUUUUAUGUUAAAUCAUAAAUUAAAUUAAAGGUAAAUAUAUAUUUCACGGAUAAAUGUUUUGAAUUUAAAGAUUGUAAAUUCUAAGCAUUAUAAUUAUUAAAAUUUGCUAUGUUAAAUAGCGAAAUAUCAUCCGGUAUAUCAAUCGCUAAAUGGGGAGUUCCAAUAACGUGCAAGGUUAGUGCACUUCUCAUUUAGCCGUUGCUACUACAAUUAAAAUUCCCCGAUAUAAAAGCAGAGCGGAAGUGCUGCGCCACGCAGGCAAUAUUAGAAGUUGAUCCAUGCUAGUAUAUAUAAAAUCCUAUGAUGUUAGAGAUCUACUCUGUUUAGUUACACAUUAGUAUAGACAAGAACCUAUUUAGUUCCACGAUACAUGAACCUAUUUAAUUGUACGGUUCUACGAGAAAGUUCAUAUCUACUUUCCUAUCCGAAAUAGACAAGUAUGAGAAUAACAAAAUCGCGCAAAAAUUAAACUAAUUGUAAGUUGCAUAAGAAAGAGAAAUUAGUUGUUUACUAUAUUUCUUUAGAGAAAAAAGAGAGUAUUCCCUUUCAAACGAUAAUGGAUGAGUGAAAUGAUGCAAUAGAAAAGUAAAUAGAAAAGUGGGUAUGAACUUUUUUGUAGAACCAUACAAUUAAACAGGUUCUUGUAGUGUAGAACUAUGAUCAACCAAACAGGGCAGAUCACUAAACUCAUAGGUUCUUGUAUAGCUAGUGUAGACCACCUUCAGCAUUUGGCCGCAUGAUGCAGCACCUGUACUGUGAAAUAAUAAGAACUAUAAGUAUGAGAACGUCAUUUCCUCUCUGAUAAAAAUUUGUAAAAGUCCCUACGAGGAUUCAGGGGAAACCCAUAUCCCCUCUUUCCCAAUUGCAUGAGCAUAUAUAAAGCAUUGAACCUGCUUGAAGACACAAUUAAUCUACCAAAGCACAAGAGC